AUGAAGUUUAUCGGCAUGGUUUCCGUGGUCUAUAUGGCUGUUACGGUCGUCGCAUCGCCAGUGCCAAAGCCUGACAGCCCUUUCAAGGGGUAUGAGGGGCACCCUGAGAAUAAAGUCGACUCAUAUGCUCUCCGUAGUGGCUGGUACUACACUAAGCGCGGCGACACCGACAUGCCAGAGCCCAGCGACAAUAAAGUCGACUCAUAUGCUCUCCGCAGCGGCUGGACCUACACCAAGCGCGAUGAGGUUGACAUUCCAGAGCCCAGCGACAACAAGGUCGACUCGUAUGCUCUCCGCAGUGGCUGGUACUACUCUAAGCGCGAAGAGGCCAGCGAGCCGAGAUCUGAUGGGAACAAGGUUGACUUGCUCGCCAGUCGGAGCCGACGGGGCUACAAUAAGCAUGAUGGGACCGCAAAGCCAGAGGCCAAGUGA